AAUAAGACACUCAAGAUAACUCAACGUCGACAGAUAUUAUAACCUAAAACUUUAUAUUUAAAUGUUUUCUGUAUCGUAUAUAGUAGAACUGAGACAACAAUUAUUAGGACAAAUUGUAUCACCUGUGAAUGACCCAGUGUAGUCUACGUUAUUUGACUACUUCGUGUAAAUUUCAGAGCCGAAUACAAACUGACAAAAAUAUGGAAGCAUUUGGAAACGUGGAGCCGAUUGACCUGUCAGCAUCUACACUAAUAGACCAUACAGAAGAAAAAGAUUGUAAAAAACAGUAUUCAAAUACUGAACAUGACAGAAGAAUUAAAAACUGUUCUGUUACGGGUGAGAUGGUUACUUCCAAGCACCUUCCAUUGACGAAGUUAAACUCCAAGUCUGCUUACCAUCGGCAUCCCAAACCUCCGUUUUCAUACAUUGCUUUAAUAGCGAUGGCGAUCAAAGAUUCACAGAACGGAAAGUUAACAUUAGCCGAGAUCAACGAGUACCUUAUGAAUCGGUUUCCAUUCUUCAGGGGUUCUUAUACUGGUUGGAGAAACUCAGUUCGACACAAUCUAUCGCUGAACGAAUGCUUCGUCAAGAUUCUUCGCGAUCCGGGUAGACCUUGGGGUAAAGAUAACUACUGGACAAUUAACGAGAAGAGUGAGUAUACAUUUGCCGAUGGGGUUUUCCGCCGGCGGCGAAAAAAGUUAAAGAAUAAAAAUAAGGUGUCAUCCAGCAAUGGCUGCUCUGAGAAACAGUUGACCAAAAAGCCCAACCGAAAGAAAUUUUCAGGGGCGUUUAGUAUUGAUAAAAUUCUUGGAACAGAACUUUCUGAUAACUACCGACCAGAGGCUGUUACGUCUGUUCGAGAUAUGUCAAAUAAUUAUACGGUGCUGACUCAAACAACCAGCCCGGUUCUCUGUCCCCGUUCUAUCAGGCCCGUUCCAAUAUUUACUGUGAAACAGCCAGAAAAAGAAAGUAAGAUGUAUUUACAUUGGCCAACGUUGCAGUCGCCAGGACACUUGGUACCAGCAUUCAACCAACACUUUGGUGCAAUGGUGCCUUACUCCGAUCAACUGCGCUUGCACCAGUCCCAGUUGCAGAAUUUUCUCAACUACCGCCAAACCUCUUUUCUUCCGAACUGUGUUGUUCCCCCGGUUAUUCAAAAUCAAACUAGCUUACUUGAAAUGCAAGCUAUGCAGAGAAUAUUGUUACAAGCAAGACAAUCAAUGAUGUUGGGAUCUACAAUGCCCUAUUACAAAUUCAAAAAUAACUGAAAGAUGUCCUUACCAACUAGUAGAGUAAACGUGUUAUACUUACUGUAAGCCCGAUUUAUUAAUUUAAAAAAAUAGAAUUACUGACUAGAAACUCAUCAAACAGUGAAAUGCUCAUUCAAAUGAUUAAUGAAGUUAUGAACGUUGAGUAGUUUACACGUGCCACAAAGGUAAAAGGUCUAUAUGAAUGGAUACGGUAUUAUCUAUGUAUUUAUUAAAAAUUGACAAAGAAAAUAUCGCUCUAAUUUUGUAUAAGUUACUUAAAGUCGCUAACUCAAAUAUUCAAUUUUAUUGUUAAGAUUAUUAGUUCGAUAUAUACUUCAUUCUCGAAAGUGCAAAAAAAUUAAAAUUUACAACGGAUUCAGAAACUUAUAUAGACCUUUAGAGGUUGCUUUUGUAAAUCGUGACGAUCAACUCACUACUUUAGCUGCCAAUCGUUGUGUUAAGUAAAUUUUCAAUUCUAUUAAGAGCAACUGACAGUUAUAGGAAACCACUAAUAUACCACUUUAUAAAUAUCUCUUAUAAUGCAUUUACAUGAUCAUUAGCUUCAGUGACACCACGUUGUGAAAUUUAUGUCUACAUUUACAUUGCUUCUAAAAAAUAUUUAUAAACAAAAUUAUUUAUUUUAAAGUCGACAGUACUGUAAAGUUGAGUGUCAUAAACGAUAUGAUUUUUUUUUUACAUUUUAAUGAAUGUAAAAUUAUAAAACUUCCCAAUAGAAAUACAUUAUUAAUUGUACAUAGUUAAUGUCAUUCAUUAAUUUAUAAUUAUAUUAUCCUAUUGUUUCCUAUACUAAGAACACAAAUUCAAGCCUCAUUCAAUAUUUCAAUUAUUUAAAUAUAUAACUGUCACUAAAAAUAAUCGUAGUAGUUGAAGGAAUUACUUUUCAAAUUGUUAAAAUUGAUUUGUUGAAAGAAAAUAUAAUUUGUUAUUAUGAUUUCAUAAUAAUGGUUCUAAAUAUUUCAAUAUAUGCUGCGUUUGUGUAAUAUAUCAUUGUUGUAAAGUUUAAUCUUCAAAUCUUCAAUCUAGACGUGCACUUUCUUUAGAUCAACAGGAGCUUCAUAGAUAGCCAUCUACAGCCAACUCUGGGAGACGAUUGGUAGCACACUGCAGAUUAAAUAUUCCGUUGGCUAUAUAAACUCAGACAUAGCAGUUACAUCGCUCCUGUCUGAAUGUCAAACACUAAUAUCUUUAUUCUUCCACUGGUUAGUGUCGUUCAUUUCAGCAAUCGUAUUGUUGCUGUGUAUUCAGGAUUCAUUGGUUUUAGACGCUGUCCAAUCACGAACUUUAUAAGUAAAGAAAAGUGUUUGCUUAGGACAAGUCAUCGCCUCGUAAGCAGCCCAAAGUAGUUUGUUUUGUAAUAGUUCUACUGCAAUGCGGUAGUUAUCACCACCAUGACAAAAGGAAGCAAUUGUACGCAUUUUAAAGGGCAAUCGCAUUGUGUGUAUUUGUGACAAUCGAUUUUAUAAACAUUAUUCCUAUAUAAUGAGCCGGUUUUUGAGAAGGUAGCCUAUAUAAAGUAUUUAGGAUUUAAAUGAAACAUUUCAAUACUAAUAUUCUUGGUAAAUGUAAAAGAUGCAUCUUAUAUACAUAGUUUUAUGUGCUGGUUUUCGAGAAGGUAGUCAUAUAAAAUAUUCAGGAUUGAAAUGAAAUAUUUCAAUACUGAUAUUCUUGGUGAAUGUGUGUAAAAAAUGUAUUUUAUCUACAUACAAGUUUUAAUUGUCUACUAUUAUAUUAAUAAGCAUACAGAACUCCGAUAGAAAUUGAAUAAAUUAAAAUUUAGAAGUAAAAGGAAAAUGUAAUUAAAUGAACUUAUACGGUACCGUAUAUGUUUAAAGAAGUAAUAUGCAAAUCUAUAACAUUGAAUGUUAUAGAUUAAAAUUAGACCUAUGAUUAAAAUUAAAGAUGUAUUAUUGUCUGCUUGCUAAAAAUUCAAUAAAAUCUCUUUUGAAAGGAUCCAAUUAGUUAUUAGCUGAUUUUCAGUUUACUCCCAAAAUCCUUAAAUUGGAUACCAGUCAAUUUAAUGGUCUAUGUAAUGAAGAAAAGCUAUUAUGUAACUGUGUUUGUUGUGGGGAACUCUUUUCCAGUUCGGAUUAAUUUGUAGAGUAAUAACAUACACUUAAAUAUACAAAUUGACCAAGGGAAUAUUAACUAAUAUGGAAUUGAUUUUUCCCAUUUUGUGCUCAGGACAGAAUUACAUCUUUAAAAUAAACUUACCAUAAAGAACUAUAAAAUUGUAAAUCAAAAUACAAGUUAACUUUAAUAACGCAAACAAUGUGGAUACGGUAUAUUUUUUAUCGUUUUUAUCUCAAUAAAAUUAUAUAUUUUAGAGUGGUAUGCAUAAAUUAAUGUUUUGGAUUCGUGCAAUGCUAUUUAACCUUUCAACUCACCUGUAUUGUAGUACACUUUACAUAAUUACUGUAUAUUGUAUUUUAGAUAGUGUUCACUGGCAUUAUUACAUAAAUAAUGUUGUUUUUUUAGAGAAAAUCAUAAUAUUGUCCCAAUCGGGAUGGGUAGUACUUUUUCCCUUAAAACGUCUUUUAUCAUUUUAAUGUAUUACUGGUAAAAGUGUUCAUCCAUACCAUGGUUAUAGUUACCAUAGAGGAAUAAAAAUAUUGUACACAUGAAUUAGGUCUAAGUAAAAGAAAAAUAAAUGCACCAGGGAAUGUAAACUAUCGUGCAAAUUAUAGGCCCACAAUUAUGGCCUACAGAAUAACAUGAUUGAAUUAAUA